GAAAUCACGAUGGCGGCUGUACCUUUGCGAGAUCGUUUGAGUUUCUUGACUCGGUUACCCACUCUAAUCAAAGGUACCUCAGAUGAUGAAGUUCCAUGCCCAGGCUAUCUGCUUGAAGAGAUUGCCAAGAUCUCCCAUGAAUCAACAGGAAGCAGUCACUGUCUUAUUGAAUACCUCCUCAAUCGUCUUCAGAACAACUCAUGCCACAUCAAGCUGAAGGUGCUUAAGAUCCUGCUCUAUAUGUGCACCCAUGGCUCGUCACCUUUCCUUCUGCAGCUUAAGAGGAAUUCUUCAUUCAUUCAGGAAGCCAUAGGAUUCACAGGGCCUCCUGAUCCUCUCCAUGGCAACAGCUUGUAUCAGAAGGUGCGGAUGACUGCACAGGACCUGGCAGGCACUUUAUUUUCAGAUGUGCUGUUGCCUCAGUGUGUUACUCGCCCACCUAAAGAACUGCCUUCAGCAGGUAUGGGAAAUAGGUCUAGCCCCCAUGGCUCUCUCGAAGGCUUUGGUUUUGAAAAGAACAGCUCUGUAUCCCCUGGCAAAAGUCUGCUGGCUACCAUCCAGAAGGCAGCUGAGGUGGUUGCCAAUGUGGUGCUCCCUGGUCAGGAACUCACCUGUCCCCCUCAGAGGGAGCUGGCGGACAAUGUCUACGAGCCAGUGAUGGCACCUUCUCCUGGCACAAGCCCUGCCUUGCUCACUAAGCCACCGGCAACCCUAGCCAAGAAGAUGCGAGUGAACCAUCAACCUGGGCAAGCAGGAGGUGGGUGGGAGGAACUGGAUACCGGGCUCAGCUCCCAGAAUUCCUUGCAAGAGAAUAGCGACCUGAGCAGAACUUCGGAAUCUGACAGCAAAGCAGACAGUGAAAAUCAUUCCAGCGAUAAUCAUUCCAGCGCCCUGGAGCCAGGCAGUGCUGCUGACAGGAUGGAAGCGGAAAACCUGAAUGAUUGUCUUCAAGAAAUGAGUCUUGUCACUGGAUUAACCAGGGGUUCCAAAGUCUUCCUGACUCGUGAGGAAACCCAGCACUUCAUCAAAGAGUGCGGAUUGCUGAACUGUGAAGUCGUCUUGGCCCUGCUUAACCGAACCUUGAAGGACCCCAGCGAGGCCAUCUGUAUGAGAGCAAUGUGUGCCAUCUCUUCCCUUAUGUGUUCUGACUUGCUCUCCCAGGAUCAUAUCUUUGCUGUCACACAGCAACACUUGCAGGAGCUUAGUGAAGGGAGCCCGGGGUGCGUAGCCAACAAAGCAACAAAGAUAUCGCGUCAGUUCGAAGCCCUCUGCCGAAGCCAUUCCACUCCCAAGAAUCCACCGCCGGUUGCUGCCUCCUGUUUCUCUGCCAAGACCACCUUGGAGCAUGCGGACGACCUGCUGACAAAUACGGUGCCCUUCUCAGAAGACUCCUUCCUGAAGCCCAUUAACCUGUCACUGCAGCCCUCCCAAGCCCCCAAGCUCAUCACCAGUAACAUGUUCCUACCAGCAGGACAGAUGCCAGAAUCUCUGUCCUGUGGCCAAUUGGAUGUCCUGCCACCUGAUCUCAGUCAGCAGAGGGCAGAAGGCAGACUGCCAGACUCUGACCCCCAAGAAGAAAGGCCCCCAAGGGGUGAUCCAGAUGGCACCGUUUCUUUAUUUGCUGGCAUGGAACUGAUCGCACCUUCAAGCCUGGCACUAGUAGCAUCUGUGCAGGGUUGCAUUUCUCCAGCACCACACACAGCAUCUUGCCCUGGGAUUACUAGGGAUAGCGAGGACAACCAGCAACUUUCUGCUUUUCCCUUCCUUCACGUAUAGCCCUUCCCUGGU